AAGCCUGAUGUGCGGCUCUCUCGAGGCAGCAUUGACCGGGAGGAUGGAGGUCUCCAGGGGCCGACUGGAAGCCAACACAUAUACCAGCCUGUGGGUAAGCCAGAUCCUGCAGCUCCGCCAAAGAAGCCGCCGCGGCCUGGAGCCCCUGGCCACCUGGGCAGCCUCGCCAGCCUCGCCAGUCCUGGGGACAGUUACAACGAGGGCAUUAAGCCAUGGAGGCUUCAGCCGCAGGAAAUCAGCCCCCCUCCUACCGCCAACCUGGACCGGUCCAACGACAAGGUGUAUGAGAAUGUGACGGGCCUGGUGAAAGCUGUCAUCGAGAUGUCCAGCAAGAUCCAGCCAGCCCCGCCGGAGGAGUACGUGCCCAUGGUGAAGGAAGUUGGCUUGGCUCUGAGGACCUUGUUGGCCACCGUGGACGAGACCAUCCCUGUGCUCCCGACCAGCACGCACCGAGAGAUCGAGAUGGCACAGAAGCUGUUGAACUCUGACCUGGGUGAGCUCAUCAGCAAGAUGAAGCUGGCCCAGCAGUACGUCAUGACCAGUCUCCAGCAGGAGUACAAGAAGCAGAUGCUCACAGCUGCUCACGCGCUGGCCGUGGACGCCAAAAACCUACUCGAUGUGAUUGACCAAGCAAGACUCAAAAUGCUUGGGCAGACGAGACCGCACUGAGCUUGCGCCGAGCGCGGCUCCCUGCCCUCCCUGGAGGUGUUCUCUGGCCUUCCACCAGCAGCGAGGGGUGACCUGUGUGUCCCCGGCCCAGCGCCCUCGGCCCCAGCUCUGUUGACGGCUGCUUGAAAGUCUUCUCUCUCUCGUAUGUUUUAACCACAUUUUGAUUGGGUUUUGGGGAGUUUUUGUUUUUGUUUCUUUUAUCAUGAUAUUCUGAAAAAUCCAGGAUCCAAAAUGUGGCAUUUUUCUGGGAAUGGGAAUUACGCUUUAAGAAGCUUUUGAGAUCAUGAAGAGCUGUUUCUGUUCACGUAGGAUGUGUUUUAAUGGAAGUGGCGAAGGGGGAGGUGUGUUCUCUCCUGAGCCACCUUCGCUGCAUGUUGGAGGGAGAGUGUGUUGUGAAGAACUCCAGGAAACCCACGCAGCUGAGGAUUCUCUGGUCUGCCAUGGAACAUUAUCCAGACUCGAAAUUUUCGUUUGUUAGAACACCCUUCAGUUGCAUUAUGCUAACCCUUCUUUACAAAGAAAGAAUAUUAAAGCUCUAUUUUGAAGACUUGAGUCCUUUCAGGAAAAAACCAACCUGCCUCCCUCUUGGCUCCCUGCCUCCGACUUCCUGUGGCUGCGGAGCGUCCGACUGGAGCCAGCUGGAGACACGGCUGGACGCCUGUCCUCACCAGAACCACGUGCCAGUUUUUUGUAGCAAUGUUAUUCCUCUUGGAAACAGAAGUGCUUUAUACCAGAGCACCUCCAAACUCCACCAAGAAGUUCCAGGACCAUCCCUGUUUUCCAUUUUUAUGUAAUUUAUAAGGAAAAGAUUAAAGCCAUGUUGACUAUUUUACAGCCACUGGAGCUAACUAACCUUACGUCAUGAGUGUCUGUCUUCCCGGACAGAAUCCAGCGAAACGGAGGGACUUGGUUUGCUUGGGUGUCUAGUUACACCAUCCAUUCUGUUAAAUAAUUUUGAAAAAAUGCACCCUCCCUUUAGCGUGUUGAGGGAUAUAAAUUAUUCUCAGGAAGAAUAUAAUGAGCUGUACAGUUACUUCAGCCUAUUAAAGAGGUGUUAUCA